CUUCGCCUCUUAAAUUAAAAUUAGGGUUUAUCUAUUGAAUCGCUCGGAUUCAGUCGCCUGCUCACUUGAAUUUACUUUGCAAGCUCAAGUGUAUCCGGACAUAAAUUUUGGAAAGCAAGAUGGUUAGACCGUAUGGGAUUAAAGUGAACAAGAGAAAGGAGAGACAAGAGAGGUACGAUAAGGAAGAGGAUGAAGAAGAAGAACAACCCAAGCUCGAGAAAAAACAAAAGCCAGAAAAAAGUGUGAAGAAGGCAAAGAGAGAAAGCACCUCAAAAGCAGAGGAAGAUAAUGAAGAUAAUGAAGAGAAAGAAACAAGUGAGGAAGCAGCAGAUGAUCUUGAUGUGGGAAUACCUAUUGUCCUUUCCGAUAAUAAGAAGGAAAAGCCCGGUGUUAUUUUCGUCCUUGAGAAGGCCUCUCUUGAAGUUGCCAAAGUUGGAAAGACUUACCAGCUACUAAACUCUGAUGACCAUGCCAAUUUCUUGAAAAAAAAUAACAGAAAUCCUGCUGAUUACAGACCAGACAUCACUCACCAGGCUCUUCUAAUGAUUUUGGAUAGUCCGGUUAAUAAGGCUGGAAGGUUGAAAGCGGUUUACGUUAGAACAGAACAAGGUGUUCUUUUUGAAGUUAAGCCUCACGUUCGUAUACCAAGAACAUACAAGCGAUUCGCUGGAAUCAUUUUGCAAUUGCUACAAAAGCUUAGCAUCACUGCAGUUGGCAGGCGUGAGAAACUCUUACGGGUGAUCAAGAACCCUGUUACAUUGUAUCUACCGGCUAACUCAAUGAAAAUAGGAUUCUCGCAUAGCUCGGAAAAGCUCGUCAAUAUGCAGAAGCACCUGGCUACCGUCUGUAAUGAUUCAGAUACUGUUUUUGUGCUCGGUGCGAUGGCACACGGGAAAAUAGAUUGUGACUAUAUUGAAGAUUUCGUGGCCAUUUCAGGGUAUCCUCUGAGUGCAGCCUACUGUAUCUCAAGGAUCUGUGAGGCAUUAUCAACAAACUGGAAUAUUCUAUAAAGAGUACGAGCAAGGUGGUCUUUGUUUUAUCUCUCUACUGUUUCAAUGGUGGAACCAUAUAAGUUUCUGUUGGUGCACAUUGUUCAAUCUGUUAUAGAGUUUUAAAGUUUUUAAACUUUCUGUCAGAAUAUACCCGAAAAACAAAAAUGGAAUGCAGUAAAAUGAAGAGUCCUUUGAUUAUGAUUU